AUGGGGAACAGCAAAUCUACAGAGCCCCAGUCCAAGCCUCGCAACCGCAACCGCAGCCUAUUCACAAUGCAUCGCCGCGGAUCUAAGAAAACCAACAUGUGGGAUCCACCAGCCUACGACUCCCCGGACUACAAAUCUCGCAAUGUUACCAAGACAUACAGAGACUCAGACUCCCAAUACUCAUUCCUCAAAGACUUCGACACCAUCUUCCUAGUCGACGACAGCUCCAGCAUGAGCGGGUCUCGCUGGCGCGAAGCCGAAGAAGCCAUUGCAGCGAUCGCUCCAAUCUGCACACAGUACGACAGUGACGGGAUCGAUAUCCGCUUCCUAAACCACCGCACCUCUGGCGAAGCCGGCUCCUAUAAUAAUAUUACCACGGCAGCAGACGUCCAGGAAAUAUUCCACGGUGUACGUCCGCGCGGCUCGACGCCGGUUGGACGCCGAUUGCUUGAGAUCUUGACGCCGUAUCUGCGGCGCGUGGAGCAGAUGCAGAGCGGGAACACGUCAGCGCUCGUGAAGCCGAUUAAUAUCAUUACAAUUACGGAUGGCGAGUUUACGGAUGAUGCGGAGAGUGUUAUUGUCCAGGUGGCUAAGACGCUGGACAAUCCCCGGGUUAAUGCGCUGCCGUGGCAGAUUGGGAUUCAGUUCUUCCAGAUUGGUGAUGAUGCCAAUGUGCGGAGGUAUUUGCAGGAGCUAGAUGAUGAUUUGGGGAAAUGGUGUCGUGAUGGGCGACUUCGUGAUAUCGUAGAUACGGUGCCGUGGCGCGGGAGGCAGGGGCAGACAUUAGAUGCGGAUGGGAUUUUGAAGUGUGUGUUGGGGGCUGUAAAUAAGAAGUUAGAUCGGCGACGGGUUUGA